AUGUCCAGCAGCCACCAUGCUCAAGUCCAUGUCACCCGUCGAUCUCCUCCAAAUGUAAGGAAGGUCUACGUCAAAGCUCCUCCUCCUGUCCCUUCUUCAAAGGCUCCUGUCACCCCGAAGAUCACCAUCAAGGUUGCCAAGAGUACCAAGCAUCCCAAGGACGACGAGGACGACACUUUCCAAGACGACGAGGACGACGAUAUAGCGUCAAGCUUCUUGCAAUUCUGUGCAAUGUGCGAGAAGCAAAUCCUGGUCCCCAACUCUUCUAUCCUUUACUGUUCGGAGAGUUGCCGUCGCCGUGACUCUGUCGUUCCCACCACCAAUCCCUACCUUAGCUUGGCCAGCCCCACGAAAAUGGUGCCCUCCGCCUACUCCGACGAUAUCGAUGAUCCUUUCGGCUCUAAGAUCCCUACCUACGUUGCCGCCAUGCAACCUACCCCUCGCCCCACGAGCGACGCAAGGAUACCUCCCGUGGCCCACAAUGGCAAAUCGGAUCUCGACCCCACCGAGUGGAAGCCAGCUGAACCAAUUCUGACGGAAACUAAAUCACCGCCUAGUCCAAAAGCUGGGGAGUGGAAGCCCAAGCUACCCCACCGUCCCAGCAGUGAGGCUUUCUCUUACCUCAGCAAAUUCCAUCGCUCGAGUGAUUCGCUCUACUCGAAGCGUCGCCCUGCGCUUAAUCACGGUCGCAGCACCAUCUCGAGCCGUACCACCCCGUCGCUCAGCCAUACGCCCACUGCUAGCACCUCGAGCGAGGAGAGUCUGUCAGGGACGCCGUAUGAAUUUGUGGCUCGCCCUGCUCUCAGUAUGCCGACUACGACCGCUUCCCAUUGCAGGGACGGUGGAAAGCUUGCCCAGGUUGAGGAACAUGAUCUCACGUAUGAGAAGAAAUUUGUCGGAACGAGCUUGGGCUCUGCUACUGGAAGCUUGAAGAAGUUGCUAAGAACAGGAGAGAACUAG